AUGUAUUUUCUUCCCUCAUAUGUUGAACCCAAAUUAUCACAGGCACAGUUUGGCUCAUCCUCACCCCCACUGUAUGAAUCUGUUGCUAUAGAUCCUGAUGUCCCUCGCAGUCAAACCAACCUGUUUGUUCGCAAGCUCGCCGCGUCGAUAACGGAAAAGGUACUUCAAAAUAUUUUUGAGCCAUUCGGUACCAUUACUUCCUUCGCUCUAAUGCGCGAUAUUCAUACCGGUGAGAGCCUUGGUACUGCGUUUGUACGUUACCAAAACCACGAGGAGGCGUUCAGGGCUAUGAAAACGUUGAACGGCGCGGAUUUGUACGGCCGUCCAAUUUCCAUCCAGUGGGCGAAGAAGCAGCAUGAUGGGACCCCUAUUGGGGAGGAUAGGAAAAGGAUUCGUAAACUUUUUGUGCGGAAUAUUCCUAUGGACGUCACAUCUAAACAGCUGCGCCAACUCUUCUCGCCGCACGGGGCGAUCAGCAACGUUACGAUUCAUAAUGAUACCGUGGCCCUUCCGGGCACUGAAGGCGGUCAUGCACCGCCGCAGCGCAACAUCGCGUUUAUUCUUUUUUACGAGGAUGGUGCUGCAGAGGCAGCGGUGCGAGCUCUCCAUAACGCCCACCCAUUUGAAUCCUGUGAAGGUAUCCCUCUGAUGGUGAAGCUCGCUGAGGAUAACCGCCAACGACUGGGCCGCCGACAAAAAUAUGGCAACGCGCAGAUCGGUGUGGUCGCACCAUCUCCGGCCCCUGGGAAUGCCGCAACGUUUGGGAAUAUUUCCUCCGCCGAUGAUAUCAAUAUGGCGCUGUCAAGCUCCGUGAUUCAGCCGGUAGCCCCGCCCUACGGCUCCAGACUCAUUCACUCUCCCAACGCCCUCCCCAACUGCAUGUAUGCCCAGGCAACGCCAAACCCGUAUGUUCUUUAUCCCACACAAUCGUCUGCGUCCGCGCAGCUGCUCCCACCACCCGCUGUCUCGACCUCCUCGCCGCCGGGCUCCUACCUUAACGCCCUGGACUACGCCGCUGCGACCUCAACGUCGACUUACCCGUCCUACUUUCAGGCCCCUGUGACGUUUUUAUGCAUGGGCGUCGAUGAAAGGGGCCACCCUGUGGUGCAGCAGCCCGGUGUUGUAUACACCGUGCCCACCUCCUCCCAGGCGCAGCAGCAGCAGCAGCACCCUCACGAUUCUGUGAAUAAUACGGCCCCCAUCGUGGCGAGCUCGACCCCGGUCUCACAAAUGAGUACGCCGCGGGUGCUCACUUCGUCUAACGAAGCGCACAUUUCGAACCAUUUACAGUUGAAGCUGCCUAACAUGCCGUCGUUGGACACGUUUGCCGCGGAUCCUUUGAUAAACUUCCAUGCAGGAGACUCUGGAGACGCCAUUCAGUCCAAGAGCCAGUCUAAACUAAGCGAUCAAAAUGCAGCCUUUCCGUCCUCAGUUGUUGUAUCAAAUGAAAUCACCUCCUUCAACGCCAACAAGGAUUAUGAGGAGCUGAUAAAUUUGACAAAGGGGUUCGUUAACGAACACUAUGCUAAGGACAGCAUUACUCAAAGCCCCCAGGGGAUGCCUAUCACAAGCAUUCAUGAUAUUUUCAAGCCUAGCUUUUCGAUUUCCGAUUGA